AUGAACAAUGCAGCAUUGAGACAAAUGAGUUCAAGAUGGAUUUGUCGGCUUCCAGCAUUUAAACCGAUACCAUAUAGUCAGGCUCAGCAUGUGAAACUGAAUGAUAUUAUUAAAGGAACCAUCCCACCUCCACAACAACAACCAGUUGAAAACAAACCAAACUAA